GUCGGUCCUAUCAUUUAAACAUCAUUAUAUGAUGAAGUUUUUUAUUCCCAUCACAGCUAAAGGAGAACAACUUAAAUCUGCGCUAUUUUGGCUUUUCAAACUUAGCUGGGUUUGGCCAAUGGACCCUGAUAGUUCAGGCUAUUGGACUUUAGUUGUUAAUUGCUUGGCUUUGUUGUUUUUGAGUUGUUUUUUCGGAACUGUGUAUGCAGAGUUUUUGUUCAUUACCGAACAUGAAGGAGAUAUUGCUAAAAUAGCUGAAUGUUUGUGCACAACUUUUGUUGGGACACAAUUGAUUAUAAGGAUUCUUCAUUUGAUCGUACGUCGCAAUCAGAUGAGAGAUGUCUUGCAGAAAUUUUACAGAGAAAUUUACUUGCAUAAUACCGAAGACGAAAAACGUCACAACGAUUGCGAAAGUAACCUGCGAUUGGUAUAUUUCAUGUCAAUCACAUUUUUUCUAACUUUGUUCUUUAUGUACCUAAGUGUGGCAAUUGUUGUGGCCAGAGAUCCAACAUCUCGCUCAAAACCGUAUUUAUAUCAAAUGCAGUUCUCUUAUGAUUCACAAUUACCUUGGAAUUAUGCCUUCACAACACUUUACACAGGAUGGGUUGGGAUUUCAACCGUGACAAUUAUUUCAGCUGAAGAUUGCUUAAUUGGAAUAACACUCAGGUAUUGUGAAAUGCGUUACACCAUGUUACAUGAAGAUUUAGAAAAAUUGUAUGAAACUUCAUUGAAAUCACUGGUUACGAAGAAGCCAACACUAUAUCAUCAAAGAAAUGAUUUGUAUAAGAUUUUCAAUCAAAAAUUGAAAGUGAUUAUUGGAAAACAACAAGGAAUAGAUAGGUUCUUUGAAGAUCUGAAGUCGUUCCUCAGCAUUCCGAUAUUUUUUGUGGUUACUUUUGGAGUAUUUCUUCUAUGCACUGUGGCGUUUCAGUUACAAAAGAACGACCUUAGUGUGGAAACCCUGAAAUAUUUCUUUUGGCUGGUAUCACAAUGUCUAGAAUUCUUAGUAAUUGGUUUCUUUGGUCAACGAUGUACUGAUGCUGCUGCAAAAAUGGCUGACUCUUAUUACAUGUGCAAUUGGGAGUCACUUUUAAUUCACAACGAUAGCAAAACCAAUGCUAAACUUAUCAGAGACAUAACUUUUGCAAUUUAUCGAUCACAAAAAUCCGUUCAUCUGAAUGGAAUGAAUUUCAUGAUUUUAUCUCUAGACAGUAUUGGUUCGGCUAUGAGCUCAUCGGUGUCGUAUUUUAUGUUCCUUAAUACGAUGGAGGAUAUCUCAAAUAAAAAGAAUGCCAAUAAGUAGAUUGGCUUGAGAAAUUGCACAUCUGGUUGUUGGUCGUUCCGCGAAGGAGGGUGACACGAUGAUGAGCUUUUAAAAACAAAACACCAACAAAAGGAACAUAAUAUAAACCCAUUAUUUUGGGGGGGUUUAAAAAAAAAGAAAAAAGUGGAAACAUAAUAAGCUCUUUUAAAACACUUAGAAUUCGCACUUAUUUUUCUUCAAAAAUGAAAUUAUGUACCAGUUUUAACAUUUAAUACCACAUCUUCAUUUGAAUAAGGGAGAGAGUGGUUUUUGCCCUCCUAUAAACCUAUAAAAUUUAUCCACAAAAGUAGCCAAACAUUUUACUUGUAUCAAACACAUUUUUUUAUCAAAAUAAUAUUCAAAAAUACAUUUCGUAAGCAUUAAAAUACAA